UUAGUGCCUUUGGUAACUAGUGACGACCGUUGAAAACAUGCUAACGUUAGCUAGUUAAACAAAGUAAACAUACUAGCUGGCUCUCUAGCGUGUUGGCUAACAUACAACGAAUGGGUGCCUAGUUACUCCACAACAAAACAUAUAUUAAGGAGAUAUAAAAGAUAUCUACAGUAAUAGCAGGUGACUACCUCAUGAAGUUGGAGAGAAUGCCAAGAGUGUGCAAGAGCAAAGGGGGGCUACUGAAGAAUAAUGAAAAACCCUUGAAUGAGCACCACAGUAGCUAAGAUGGAGGUGCUGUGUUUCCGGUUGCCAGGUCACGGUGACGCCACGCUAAAGAGCAUGAACUCUCUGAGGUCCAGGCAGCAGUUCUGUGACAUCACCAUCGUGGCCAGCGGCAGGCAGACAUUCCGGGGACACAAAGUGGUCUUGGCUGCCUGCUCCCCUUUCCUCAGGGACCAAUUCCUGCUUAACCCUUCCUCUGAACUGCAGGUGUCAGUCCUUCACAGCUCCUCGGUGGUAUGUGAGCUGCUCCAGUCCUGCUACACCGGUGUGCUGCAGUUCAGCCCCAAGGAGAUAGUGAAUUACCUGACGGCCGCUAGCUACCUGCAGAUGGAGCAUGUUGUGGAGAAGUGCCGGGGAGCCCUGGGCAAGUACAUGCAGCCAAGGAACCCCAGCUCACCAAAGAUCAAGUCAGAAGAGAGUCACUCGAUGCCAGUGACAGUCAGUGGCAGCAGUCAAUCCCUUAUGUCGACCUCUAUUGAUCAUUCCCCCUCACUGCAGCCUCAUAGCCCUGUACAGUCUCAGGUUGAUGACCAUACAGACUCGCACACUAAGACAGAUAUACGUCAUGAUGACGAACAUAACGCUCUGGAUGAGAUCAAGGUGAGGGUAACAGAGGAGGGUGAGUGCAGGGACGAUUAUGACAUGAUCCGGAUGUGCAUGGAGGGUGAGCAGGAGCUAGAAGAGAGGCGAGAGGUAGAGGAGGGCGGUGAAGAUGCCACAGAGGGCCAUCAGGGGGGCCAGUAUCCAGAUACGGACAGUGUCAUAGUGGGAGGGGGCGAGGGGGACGACGUGACCCCAGACGAAAUGGCUAUCCGCAUCAGCAGCUUCGAGAGGGAAGGGCUCCGCGCCUGGAGGCGGCGACUCACCGACUCACCGAAAGUUGGCCGGGGGAGGGGCUUCAAGAGGAAGCGUGGCUCGUACCAUGAGAGGGAGAGGAGACCUCUAGGUAUGCAGUACCAGGAGGCAUGGCGUAUGCCCACUGGGGCAGAGAUGAUGCAGAGCUUCGGCCUGGACUUCAGCCAGGAAGCCACGAGGUCAGCGUUCCCCUCGGGGAGCGAGCUCCCACGGCUAGACUACGGGAUGGGGGACUCUCAGGGAGAGGAGCUGGUGCCUCGGGAUGGGAAUGGGCCGGUCCACUACAGCCCGGACGACCCCAGUGGUGAUGGAGGGGAGGGUAAUAUGGGAAUGUCGGCUGUGCCAACAGGUGGUGACGAGGCGGGGGAUGAGUCUGUCGCAGUGGUAGGCUCCACCUCCAGCACAGCGGGGCCGGUGGCUUGUGAGCAAUGCGGCUUGACCUUCCCCUCUGCCCACUACCUGGCCGUCCACUCGCGCGCCACCCACUUGCUGUACGUGUGCCCCUGCUGCGGCAAGCACUUCAACCACUCCAGCAACCUCAACCGCCACAUGACCGUGCACCGCGGUGCCAAAGUCCACCGCUGCCAGCUCUGUGACAAGACAUUCACGCAGAAGUCCACGCUGUGCGAUCACAUGAACCUGCACAGCGGCGAGCGGCCCCACUGCUGCGCCUACUGCCACUCACGCUUCGCCCACAAGCCGGCACUGCGGCGCCAUCUCAAAGAGCAGCACGGGAAGACGACCGCUCAGAACAGCCUGGAGGCACAGGCCGAGAUGGAGAGAGUGGCAGGGGAAGGAGAGGGAGACACUCAGGACAGAUUUGACUUUUGACAAGGACACUGUCCAAAGUGUACUCUCAUUGACUAAGCAUUACAGGUUGCGGUUGGAGGUAAAGAGGGCUUAUUCAAGCAAGCGUGCCUUUUGCCCAAAUAGUGGUUUUGAGUGUGCCUUCAGACUUGAGGGUUGGAAAAGGGGGAAACUAUGUCCUACACGGCCGUGGUUCUGGAGGACUGGAGUUGUGUAAACCUCAGUUUUCGAUCUCUCAUUUGUAACUCACUGGCUGACCAAUAAAAUAUUUUAAUUUGUGUA